AUGUCCGAAAAAGCGACAUCGACCCAUUCGCCAUUAUCACCACCAGGCUCACCCUCAACCAAGACAAUCCAGCCUCAAUCAAUUGAUGUCCUUGCAUCUCAACUCGGCAGCUCAUCUUUAAGUCAAUACAACCACGACAAUCAUACUCUUUCAACAGUAAACAUACCGGAAUCUGCUCUCUCCCCUAUCUCGUUGCCUGACGGCGAUGUCGUCAACGUCUCCUCAAUGCUCUCUCAGUACCCCAGGUCAAUGGAGAUUGAUGUCGACCGUGACAGCAACAUGGCGGCAUUACAAAACAACUCCACCCCAGAGAAACAGACAAUCCCCGCGACCUCUAUAAAUACGCCUUUCACUCCCCUUCCGCCUAUCGCCGUCGAUCCCACUGCGCUUGCCGAAGUCCCAGCAAAUACCGUAACUUCAAUGUACACACCCAAUGCUUUUGGUGGCUUCGAAGUAGAUGAAGGAUACUGCGAAGAUGAUGACGACUUCUCGUGGCUUCCAUCAGUAGCGUCGCUAAGAGCGGCUAGUACGCCAGAUGGGGGUCUUUGCGGUCACGCUCCGAUUCCCAAGCAUCGUCAAUGGUUGCGGCACAAUAGAGCAUUUCUGCAUUGCCUUAGUCACUGGCGUUUUUGGUGCACGCUGGCGGCAUGGCCGAUACUCUCGACCCGCUUAGAAGGGCUGGUCUACGACACGGCGGCGUUAACAUUCUAUGAGCAUUUACAUGAGCGAGGCAUCCGCCCUUUCGGGACAUAA